AUGAUGUACUGUAAUCGAGACUAUGAUGUUCUAUUCAAUAGAGGUGGCACAAGUAGUACGUACACGUCCGGCAAGUCAAAGUUUACCGAGCACGCUGCGGACCUUAUUUUAAAACGUGCCUCGUCGUUCGUGCUCUACCACAUGUAUGACACUCACCGCCCGCAAUGCCCGCUGCUUAACAAUGUGAACGCCAAGGGUUACAAUACAAUUGAGCGGAUCGUGAAAGAAACAUUUCCCCUGUGCAACAUCAACAAGAUACACCAAGUCCACGCCCCACAGAUGUACGGCAUGUAUAUGUUGCGCAAAGAAGAAAUGAAUUUGACCUUUGGCCAAAGUGUCCAGGAGAAGUUGCUGUUCCACGUGACCACCGAAUCCAGAGCCUUGGAGUCGUUGGACAGCGGACUCGACUGGAGACGCACCCGCCGCUCCAAGUUCGGGUGCGGCGUAUCAUUCAGUGACGACAUCGACUACGCUAACUAUUAUGCUGACAAUUCCUCCGCUGAAGACACACGGGUGAUCAUGAUAUGCUGCGUGAUGGUCGGCAAUACUUACGUGAUCCCGAAGCAGAAGUUUGCAAGAAACCAGAUAUCUGCAGGGAGCUUGUUGGUCGUACCGCCCGGCCUUGCGGACACGACGGUCAGCCACAACGGCCACGUGCACGUCAAGUACAACGACUAUGAAUUUUAUCCACUGUACUUGGUGUACUACCAGCGAAGAUGCGAACAAAUGACCAAGAGCAAAUAUUUCUUUGCCAAUCGCCGCCCGCAACCGGACCAGCAGUUGGUGAGCUUACUGGGGGCUAUGAGUAUCUCCAACUAUAGACUGUAG